CAGUAUUAUUGUCUCUGUCACGACUGCCUCUUCUUUGUUGUCCUUGGUCCUUGUCCUAUCACUACAAAUUUACUGUGUCGCUCAAAUGGUCGAAAUGAUUCAAUUCUCCGAAGAAACCAAAGAACGCAUCUCCAAGGUCAUCGACAUCACGAAAGAAGUCGUUCACUAUGGCUACCUGCCAUUGAUCCUCUACUUGGGCUACACGCGAAGCGAACCAAAACCAGCACUCAUCAGCUUGAUAUCACCUUUCGCAAACUGAGAGUAUCGAGAACUACCCAAUGUACAACAGCAUCCCGAAUGCAAGCUUGUGAACAUCGUUGGAGACAACUUCAGGGGAUAAGAGAUAGGGUCACAGAAUGCAUGAAGAGGAGCCUUCAAAAUGUCUGGAGCAUGGCGUACGAGACCGUUCCCGGAUAGAGUCGCGGCGUUGUUCUUGAUGUCUGAUUGCCACAACGCUGGAAGAGACUAAGUGCGCCCUGUGAGCUGGCGAGGGCAGCACAAUCUGUAUACCAUGACACAAUGUUGUCAAUCCCACGUUCGACAUAAUCUUAACUCUGCGAACAGCUUCAAAUGUGACAAUAUGACAAAAUCAAGUGUCGAUGAUCAGGAUGUUUCAACGUGCUGCUGGAGGGUACUGAAGGCCAACGCAUGCCAGUUUGACACGAGAGUGCGAGCGCCUUCCGGACGAAAGACCUCAGCAAGCGACCCGGCCAGAUAUUUACGAGUUCUGUCGAUUCCUGACCAGGACCGAUGCUGCUGUGUAAGUUGUCAUGGAUUAUGGAAUGUCCCAAACUCGACUCUCGAUUGCAGUUAUCCUGUCCAAUACCACAUGUUGACUCCCGAUACCUGCGCAAUGCAAUCAUGGAGACGCCUCGGAGUGUCGUUGCUUCUGACCCUCACUCUAUGC